AUGUCUGAAAGUUCUGCCAAUCAGCCAGUUGCGGAACAGAAGCUUCCCGGACAAGACACUGUUUCUGAGGUUGAUUCUGCAAAGGCUUCUAUCGCCGUUGUUGUAGCAGAAUCGGGAUUUAAUACAAGAAAACUAUGGCCAGACAUGGUGAAAAUACCUUCUAACCGAUGGGUUUAUUCCUGCAAAGAGAUAGUGGAUAGAUUAGGAAGUGAUCCGAAGGCUUCGCAGACUACCAAGAAGAAGAUGGAGAAAUGUUUGAUGUAUUUUUACAUGAUCAAGAAGAAUUUGCGAUUAUUUGACCAUACAUAUACGGCAGCCUGUAUUCUAUUCUUCAGAUAUUGGUACGUUUAUGACCUACCUCAAUCGUUACCGGAUUGUAUUCAUUUGGCGCAAGCUAUUCUGGCUACUGCUUGUAAAGUGAUGGAAAAUAAUCGGCCAGUUGAUAUGUAUGUAAAGGCUACAUGUGAAUUCAUGAUGAAAGAUGUAGUCCAGCCACAGCGGGGUAGACAAAAUAUGGAUAAAUUGAAGUGGGAUGUUAGGGACAAGCUGGUAAACUAUGAAAAACAGCUACUUUGUCAGUUUGGUUUCGACCUAGACAUCCAGAACCCGAAGGAGCUCAUUGAAGAGAUAUUCAGCGGUUUCUACAGGUUUAACAGAGAUUAUAAAAUGGAUUCUGAGUUCAAGAAAACAUUCCCGAAGAUUCUUGCGGAAGCUCGGACUUUUAUUAUACAGGCUGGAACCCAGCCUGUUUCAUUACUAUGUGAUGGUUACACAUUUACUGCCUUGGCUAUCCUUUUUGCCGGUCUGCAGCACAAACGAAGCACAGAUCCUGACUUUAAAUUUCCCAAGGGUUUCUUUCAGGAACGAUUUCCAAUAUGUAUCAAGAGCUCGAUGAUUGUUGAUUUAUUCACAGAUUACAGGAUAUUAGAGGAUAAUUUCUUUGAUUUGAAGAGCAACAAAGGUGACAAAUUGGAGGUUACGGCCGAAGAAAUAGACAGUUUAAUAGACGAAAUUGUACUGGAUGAUGAUCAAGAAGUGUUAGAUCCGUAUAAUUAUGAACUUAUUAGAAACGGUGAGUGCAUGAGCGAAUUUUUAGAACACACUGAAACUAAGCUCAACGAACUACAAGAGAAAACCAUUAAUGAAAGUCUAAAAAAGAGGCCAGGAGGUGACGAUAAUUCGUUAAAGGAGGAUUCGAAAAGGGUUAAAAUGUGA